AUGCAGCCAAAUGACUUCAAAAGAAAUUAUUUGCCUGGCUGUUAUCCAAAGGUGGUAUACCUGCUGUAUGAAAUCAAAUGGAGGAGAGGUACCACCUGGAGGAACUGGUGCUCAAACAGUCGUAACCUACAUGCUGAAGUCAACUUCUUGGAAAACUGUUUCAAGGCUGUGCCAUCAGUUUCUUGCUCCAUGACCUGGUUCCUGUCUGCUAUCCCCUGUGGGAAAUGUUCCAGAAGAAUUCUGGAGUUCCUGAAGGUAUAUCCCAAUGUGACCUUGGAAAUAUAUGCUGCCAAGCUGUUCAAGCACCUGGAUAUCCGUAACCGGCAAGGUCUCAGGAAUCUGGCAAUGAAUGGAGUCAUUAUACGUAUCAUGAAUCUUGCAG